AUGUCGACUCACCUGAGCCUCCAGGGAAUUUAUUCCCUGAAACCUCCGAAGAAACCAAAGCUGGACAGCUUGGACAGGGCCCAUCAGAGUCCAGAGUUGGACUGUUUGCCUGCCCUUGAAGAGUCCAAAGAUACAUUGGGACCAUCUUCCCCUGCAGAGCCCAAUGACAAUCAAGCCAGAGCGGCAGCCUCCAGCACCCCUGAUGAAGACACAGAAGUCCCCACCAGACAACCAAAGAAGGACAUGGUCCCCUUCCCUCUUUCUCAGAACUCAGUUGGGAAGUUUGUUCCUCAGUUUUCAAAAUCCAGGAAAACCGUGACAAGACAAACAGAGGACAUCGAGAGUGGGGCCUUCAACCUGGAAACGCUGCUGGAGCCCACUGCCCCAAAGGGAGGAAGCCAGCAACUACAGGCAUCCCUGGAGCUGGCUGCCUCUGAGCAGAGCCAGCUGCACUGCCAAGAGCUCCCCCUGGAGCCUGGGCCUGGCAGUGGGGCUUGUCUGCUUGGCACAUCCACGUAUAGCUCCUUUGUUUCAGAGAGAGCCAGCCAGCCACCUCUGUCAGAGCCAAGCAGGGUCUGUGCUCUCGAUAGGGGCUGCAGCAGUUCAGAGCCUGGGUCCCCAGUAGAACAGCCUGGGGACAGUGGUCUGGCUUCCCAGGGUCCUGCCCAGGAAGGGUCCCGACCAAGCAGUGAGUCUAAAGGGAGGGACCCACAUGGAGAAGGCCCCCAUGAGGAAGGCAGUGAUGUCCCAGGCACCUCAGGCCCUGCUCAAGGAGAAAGUGUGCUAGAACCUGGCUCGGCCGCUCAGGUCCACCCUGAGUACAAGCAGAGCCCCAGUCAGCCUCUCCUAGUCACCACAGAUAGGAGCACAGACCCCACAGCACCACCACUGGAGCCACCCAAGGGGGGCAUAUUGGGUGGCCAGGCCCCUGACAGUGGCUUCAUUGGGGCCUUGCUGAGCAACUUGGAGGCUUCGGGGGAGACGAGGCCAAAGGACCAGUCUUUGAGCAAUGACCCCGGGCCCCCAGCAGCCUCCCCAGCUCCCGUUCAUAGGAACCAAGAGCCUACUGUAGAUGUUGGCGAUCCCUGGCCUCUAGUCCCAGCAGCCAGUCCAGGUGCAGAUUCGAAGCUGAUGCCAGGGCCUACUCAGGAGGGGCAGGCAGGUACCUGCAUGCUGCCUUCCCCAGAGGAAUCUGAGGGUGGGAAGGCAGCCAAGUCCAGCAGUGAUGGCCAGCCAGCUCCCGAGUCCUCAGGACGUGGCCUCCCCCUACAAGCCACUAGCCCACCAGCGCCUAGAGAGGUGCUGGAUGGCCCUCAGGGGCCUGGAGCCUGCUCUGCUCCCGACGCCGUGGACCAGUCCGUCUGGGUGGAUGCCUUGCCCAUGGAACUCGACUUCCUGCCUGACAGCCAAAUGCAGGAUGCUUUGGAUUGCCCGGACUUCCAAGCCCCACAUGAGCAGGCCUGCCCCGGAGGCAGCAGACCACCUGCCAACAGAGCCCCCAUCACCACUGUCCAGCCCAGAUGGGGAGCCACAGGGCCCUGCAACUCCUCAGACAAGGGCUUUGAGGGUCCUAACCUGGAGGAUGCCACGGCCACCGUGUGUGGCCUCGUCCUGGAGCUGUCCAAUCUCAACCGACUGAUCAUGAGCACCCACCGGGACCUGGAAGCCGUCAGACGCCUCAGCUACCGGCAGGCCAACCUGGCAGGAAAGCCCGCCGCACCGUAUGCCUCCAAGGGGGCUGGGAGUCACUCUCGCGGGGAACCGCCAUGGAGGGACGCAUAGGACAACUUCCGGCUACCAACUCUAAAAGGGUCGUGGGUCGCGCGCACUCGCGGUUCCUUUCUUGAAGGACACUCCUGGUGCUGGGAAGGUUUGGGGGUUCCUGCAGCUCCACCAAGGCCGGGGGGAGGGCAGCUUGAUGUGUGGUUUCCUGCCACUGUUCUCAGCCCCAUCCCUCCCUGAACCGUGGGCACCUGCGCCGCCUGCAGGCCGCCCGGGUCAGAGCAGCUUGGUAGUUGGGGGGCGGGGGCGCCCAGAUGUUUAUCUUGGUUUGCGAAUUUCCUCCUUGGAGAGGUGAUGGAGGGUUCAGAAUUUGUUUCUUUGCCGUGUGAGAAUAGGACUCCCUUUGUUGGUUGUAUCCAUUUCCGGAUUUCCAUUUCAGGAACAA